AUGGCACUUGCAGAGAAUCAUAGAUAUAUUGUGCAGGUGUUCGUCGGAGCGUUAUCUGCCCAAUAUGAGGCUCUCUCAGUGGAGGCCUCAAAGCAAACAAGCUCUGAAGAAAUUGUUUGCUGUAUAGCUGAUAAACUCAAUUUAAAUGAUGGAUCCGGCGGUCCCUAUGAGCUUGCUGAGGUGGUGGGUGACGUGGUCAGUGGUGAAUGCAAGGAGAGGCGGCUGGGGCCAAACGAAUCACCUGUGGCGGUCAUGAUGCUGUGGCCUAAUAGCAAUUCUGGCCAAUACUACAGGUUUUACCUUCGAGAGAAGAUUCCGGACGAACCAUGGAUGGAGAAUUUUUCCGUGGACCCUCAACUUAUAAAGGAUUACUUCCAAAGGUUCCUGUAUCAACCGAAGGACCGCGAGUAUCCAGACCUUUGCCAAUUGCCAGAACUCAAUGAACAAACGCUCCUAGAUAAUUUGAGAGCUCGGUUUGGCACGGGAUAUAUUUACACCUAUGUGGGCUCCAUAUUAAUAGCUCUCAAUCCGUUCAAAUUCUAUCCUAUAUACAACCCCAAGUAUGUGAAGCUCUAUCAAAACAAAAGGAUAGGAUCCAGUCUGCCACCACACAUUUUUGCGGUAGCAGAUGCAGCAUACCAUUGCAUGCUACGCGAAAAAACGAACCAAUGCAUAGUGAUAAGCGGGGAGAGCGGAUCCGGGAAGACAGAGAGUACAAAUUUUCUCCUUCAUCAUUUAACAGCACUAAGUCAAAAAGGAUCCCACGGCAGCGGGGUGGAGCAGACGAUACUUAGCGCUGGACCCGUACUAGAAGCAUUUGGAAAUGCGAAAACCGCGCACAACAACAACUCGAGUAGAUUUGGGAAAUUUAUACAAGUCAACUACAAGGAAAACGGAAUGGUGCACGGCGCUGUGGUGCAGAAGUAUCUCUUGGAGAAGUCUAGAAUAUGCAGCCAGGGUAGGAACGAGAGGAACUACCACGUGUUCUAUUAUCUAUUGGCCGGUGCUUCGGAGCAGGAGAAGGAACAGUUGCAUCUGUUGAGUGUUGACAAAUACAAUUAUCUGUCGCGGACCGGUUGUAGUGUAGUGCCCGGUGUGGAUGAACAAUACGAGUUCUCGAGGUUAAAACAGUCCAUGGACAUGGUAGGCUUCACUAUGGACAAGCAGAGGAGACUGUUUGCGGUUUUAUCAGCUGUACUGCUGCUCGGUAAUGUAGAGUUCCAGCCUCAACGCAAAUCAUAUCACCACGACGAAGCGGUUGGAGUCCGCAAUCCUGAAGUAGUUUCGCUAAUUUCGUCCUUAUUACGAGUGAAACAGGAGACAUUACUCGCUGCACUUACUUCGAAGAGGGCUCGAGCGUCCGGUGAAACUCUUGUCAUUAACUACAGGCUUCCAGAAGCGAUAGCGACACGCGACGCUAUGGCGAAAUGCCUUUAUGGUGCUCUGUUCGACUGGAUUGUGAUGCAGGACUUUGGUCCGAAUAACAGCUUCGAGCAGCUCUGCAUCAACUAUGCAAACGAACACCUGCAGUACUAUUUCAACCAGCACGUAUUCAAAUAUGAGCAAGAAGAGUACAGACGAGAAGGCAUUCGGUGGACGGACAUUGGCUUUUCUGAUAAUACAGGGUGCUUGCAAUUAAUUGAAGGGAAGCCGGGCGGUUUGCUCUGCCUAUUGGACGAUCAAUGCAAUUUUCCAUGGGCAACUAAUGAGACAUUACUGCAGAAGUUUAAUUCUGUACACGAAGAGAACUCGUUCUACGAGAAGCCGACGCGGCGAGAACCUGCGUUCGUUGUUAAGCAUUACGCUGGGAGAGUAAAAUAUCAGGCUACAGCGAUGAGAGAGAAAAACCUAGAUCUAAUGAGGCAAGACAUAGUGAGCGUACUGAAGAACUCGUCCCUGGCAUUUGUGCGGGAACUGGUGGGUGUAGAUCCAGUUGCCGUCUUCCGAUGGGCUAUCGUCAGAGCUUUCUUUAGAGGUUACUUCGCUUUCAUGGAGGCGGGGUCACGACAUCGAGUCAACAGAGUAGAUGGCGCCUCGAGAGUUCCACGUCCAUCGAUACAUGCAGCCAACGAAAGCAUUGUCAGCAGAACGCCACAGAGGGCGGCGACGAAGGUUCGAGAAACCGGAAGGACGGCAGACCGAACGAGAGGCGAGGUUACUACGGGGGGGUCUCGAACGACCGGGAAACCGGCUAAAAAUUAUAGGACAGCCGAGACUAGAACUCGCCGAUCGGACCGCGACAUGGACGAUGCGGACGUGCUGCAGCGCGCCAGUCAAAUCGUGAUGAAAAAUAAGUCGUUCAGGCCACGGGAACGUGCUAAAAAGGGGCUCAAGAAUUUACAGAGUGUAAAAACGUUGGCCGGAAGAACAGCGGCAGCUGGUAAGAGAAAGCAGCCUCUUACUGUCGCAGCGCAGUUCCAGCAUUCUCUAGCUGCGCUUAUGGAGACCCUGAAUCAAGCAAACCCCUUCUUCAUCAGAUGCAUUAAGUCAAACAGCGACAAAAUCCCAAAUGUGUUUGAUGAAGAGACAGUUCAACGCCAACUGAGGUAUACGGGAAUGCUUGAAACUGUACGCAUUCGGCAAGCGGGAUACAACGUGCGGCUCACGUACGAGGAAUUCAUACAACUGUACCGGAUAUUACUACCGAAGGGCUUGCUCAGCUCGCAAUCCGAUGUUCGGCAUUUCCUCGCUACACUCAACUUAGAUAGAGACAAUUAUCAACUUGGUGCUACGAAAAUAUUCAUGCGGGAGAGCGAACAGACGAAACUCGAAUACAGACUGCACCAGCAGAUAAUGGCGUCGAUAAUCACGAUCCAACGAUGGUUUAGAGCGUUACUGGAAAGGAGGAGAUUUCUUGCCUUGCGUCGUGCAUCUUUUACCAUACAGACGUAUUGCAGGCAAUGGCUUGCGAACCGUCACGAUGCAGCAACAAGAUUGCAGGCGUGGUUUCGGGGCAGUCGCGUGCGCAGAUGGUACACGAAGUUCCGAGAUUCUGUUAUCGUCUUCCAAGCGGCUGCAAGAGGUUUCAUGCUGAGGAAAACGUUACCGGAGCUAAGAAGGAGAAUACCACCCCCCAAACAUAGACCAGAGCAUGCGAGGGGCGCGAUCGCGACGGAAUCUGAGGUCUACAAGUCGAAACAGCCGAGCAUCGAGCAACUUAAGAAUAUCAUUGAUAUACAAUUGAACAUGCUGAUACAGGAGGAAGCAGAAAAAACAAGACAGUUGCGCGCUACUCAAUCCCUCCCGCUUGUCAGUUUGGAGAAAAAACGAGAUAACAUGACGUUGGAGACGUCGGCGCAGAAGACAUAUCACAAACGAAAAAUAUCGAAAACACAAAACAUCACCGAACAAACAUCGAAACAGGCUAGUCAGAACUUAAUCAACAAAGAAACGAAUGAGUCGUCGCCCGAGGAGAGUUGGAACGCGAAUAAAAGCAAAUACCCUCAAGGCAUCGUGGCGUGGCCCAACAAAAUCACGGCCGAAGAUCUCGCUAACGAGUUGCUCUGGCUACGAAUAGACCAGAAUUAUCUCAUGGCGGAGAAAAAUAAGAUGCGAGAAAGAGAAUUGGCGGAAACGAUAGCGAGCAGCAGUGAAGAGUACUUAAGACAAGUGGGUGACUGGAGUCCUGCUGAUACUACGGAAAAUAACACCGCCACUCGGACAUCGCCACAAGUGUACCAACGAAGUCUAUCAAGCACGACGCUAGAACCGACGCGGGCCCUCCACAGCCUACCACCCGUGCGAAGGGACCCUCGCGACUCGCGAGAUAUGCGUGACUCCAAAGAUUCGAGGGUCACCGAAGCGCCACUUGAUUCCUCAUGUGCAUCACUCGUGCGCGCAGUGGAAGCCCCGGCGCCGCCCGCGCGCACCGCACGCCGUGAUACGCGACGCGCCGUGGAUAAGCUCGAUCGCGUGGAACCUUCGGACCGGCUCUCGAGAGCAGACGCCGCACUCCCCCUCCCCUUGCCCUGUCCCGACAAAAGAGCGGCGUCGGAAGUUCCAGUUAGCGCGGGUGACCCUCUGCGAAGGCGAAAUUCGGACCCCGCGCCGGAACCUCGUGUCGCAGAUUACAUUGGCCACACGGCGAAUGGACUUUUCGGAAUCGCAGGGCAUCGCUUUCGAAAAGGAACGAGAUUCGCGAAAGGCGACAAAUGUGUAUAUUGCCAUCAAGCUAUCGACGCUUUUGUAACGCAAGGCCAGAGGUGCAUCGACUGCAAACAGCUGUACCACACCAAGUGCAUUCAGAACAAAGGCGUCAUCACCAUGCCGUGCCCCAGUCCCGUGACGGUCGCGACCCGGGGAAGGCAUAAGAAUAGAAAACGAAUUAUGCUCAAGGAGUCGCCGUACAAUCUACUUAUGGAACAGUCCAAGGGCAGUUCCAACUUCAGUUUGACGGGUACCUCGGAGUUCAUGGACCGGACGGACAAGAUAAUAUCCGACGCAACCGAGUUACAGGCGAUGCAGAAUUUUAUCACCAAGAAGAUCUACCAAAUGGAAUCCUCGGAAAAUGCUAACGCAAAACAAUCGGAGGUUGACAGGGUCUUCAAGCACGCACUGAGAGAGUUCAAAGACAACCUAGUCGCAACCUACAGCGUGGUGGAAACGCGGGGCUCUGCGCUCAAGUACAAAGACCUGAUCGGAAACUUCUUGCACGUCAUGGAGACGGUCUGCGCCAGGGAAGGUUCCACUCUGUCUAUCACGAUGGGAGUCAACGCCUUUAGGGGGUUCAUGGACGAGUUCAUGAGCCAACACGAGACGGACAAAGCAAGAACUAAACGGAAAAAAGAUAAAAAGCGAAAGGUCGACGAUCCGAUCCAGUACAUGGGACACACGUUUAUCCUGUCCAUGAUAAAUAUCCCCACGGAAUGCGAGAUCUGCAAGACGUUCUUCAUGUGGCCGAUAGAACGGUCACUCAUCUGCCAGACUUGCAAGCUCGCCUCCCACAAGAAGUGCUUCAUGAAGGUAUCAACGCGAUGCCGAGCUGACACAGUUACCCCAUCUGCAGCUAUAGUGGGCGCAGUUGAUGCUGGUGGAAGGGAACAACUGGGACUAAAGAGGGGGAAGGUGUUUGGUGUGCCAUUAUCAGAAUUACCGACGGGUGACGGUAACAUUCCAAUUGUAGUAGAUAGACUCAUCACAUCCAUAGAAAUGAUUGGCUUGUACACGGAAGGGCUGUACAGGAAAAGUGGCCUUAGUUCCAAGGUCCGUGAGCUACGUCGUCUGUUGGAUGAGCAGCCAGAAGAGGGUUGCGACCGUUUGGAUGCAUAUGCAGUGCACGUGCGUGCUUCUGUUCUAAAGAGCUUCUUCCGGGAGUUGCCUGAACCGCUGCUCACUUUUGAUCUAUAUGAUGACCUUAUACUAGCUGCGCAGAUGUCCGAUCCUCAGGAGCGAGUGUCCAGCAUAUUCACAAUACUUAAGAAACUUCCGAAGAUCAACUACGAUGUGGUAGAAAGACUAAUAUUUCAUUUAGCACGGGUGGCUCUCAGAGAGGAACAUAACAGAAUGGGCGCAAACGCACUGGCGAUAGUAUUCGCGCCGUGUAUACUGCGCACACACAAAAUUCAGCCGGCGCAAGAUUCGCUGCACGACAUUGCACGACAAACUGCUUGUCUUGAGGCCAUCCUCGUGGAUAAGAUGAGCAAUACACGGGGCACGCUCGCUGAUAUCGCGACUUUGGACAAGGCUUGCGCGACGGCAUCUGACCGGCUGACCCACAUUCGGGCGCGCAGCCAAGCCCCACGCCCCGAGGAACAAAUACUCGAAGGACACAUACAUGAGAUGGAGAAAGAGAAAGCUACACUCACCACGAACUUGCCCGCUCUCAUAUACAGGACGACCUCCGACGAUGACAUGCUGUCUACGACGGACCACGACGGCGAAUUUGGAAGCACAGAUGACAUCAGCACUGGAGCGUCUUCGCUCCGGUCGCAGCGGCUUCUUCACAGACAGCUCUCCUCUGAUGACCCCAUUAUGGUAUAA